GCGUGCACAGACCCACGGGAAUUCAGAAUCCACGAUCUGAACUGCUGCUCGCCUCUCAAUUAGAUCCCGCCCAAGCCGAUCCCGCCCCAGUAAAUCGUUCCCAUCCAGAUCCCUCCCUUUUACAUUCCUCCCGCUUGCCCUGCCGUUGAGAGAGCGCGCGUGGUUUGAGUGCGGCGUGCGCGGCGAGCGGCGAGCGGCAUGGCGCGCGAGGUGGCGAUGGCGGACGGCGGCGACGAGCGCAAGGCGACGGUGGAGGGGGCGGGCGACGGGCGCGACAAGAAGGACGCAGGGCAGGGCAGCACGCCGCAGACGCCGCAGACGCCGCAGCAAGUGCUGGCAGAGCUGCAGGCGCAGCGGCCGCUGGUGGAGCGCGCGGUGGUGACGCGCGAGGUGCGCGUGAUGGCGCGCGCAGUGCGCGCCAUGCUGGCGCUGCGCAGGCGGCUGACGAGUGGCGUCGUGCAGGCGUUCGUGCGCGCCAACGUGCACGGCGAGGCGGACGCGCACUCCACGCUGCUGGCGCUGCUGGCGCAGGUGGACACGGAUGUUGACAUGGAUGUAGGUGCGAGUGCUGACUCGGCUGCGGCAGCGGAGCCCACAGCAGCUGCGUCAUCAGCGGGCGCGUCGUCGUCGUCGGGCACGGCUGGCGUGGGUAGCGUGGUGCGGGCCACAUCGUUGCCGGAGGUGGAGAUGUUUGCCUACCUCAUGGCGCUCGUGCUGCUCAUCGACCGCCGCGCCACAGCCCUGGCGUGUGAGUGCGCGUGGGCGGCGGUGCGGCGGCUGCAGCAGGUGAAUCGGCGCACACUGGACCUGCUGGGCGCGCGCAUCUACUUCUACUUCUCGCUCGCCCACGAGCGCACCAACGCCCUCGCCUCCAUCCGCAGCACGCUGCUGGCUCUGAGUCAGACGGCCACCCUGCGCCACGAUGAGAUCGGGCAGGAGAUGCUGCUGAACCUGCUGCUGCGCAACUACCUGGCGUACAACCUCUACGACCAGGCGGACAAGCUCAGGUCCAAGGCACUGCGCCCCGACACCCACUCCAACCAGCAGCUGUGCCGGCACCUGUACUACGUGGGGCGCAUCCAGGCAGUGCAGCUGGAGUACAGCGGCGCCAAGGACUGUCUGCAGCAGGCGGCGCGCAAGGCACCGGCGGCGGCGCUGGGGUUCCGCAUCGAGUGCACGCGGUGGCACGUGCUGGUGCGGCUGCUGCUGGGGGAGAUCCCCGAGCGCCACCUCUUCGUGGCGCCCGGCAUGCGCUCCGCCCUGCGGCCCUUCUUCGAGCUCACCAAUGCGGUGCGUGUGGGCGACCUGCACCUCUUCCAGGCCGCGGCCACGCGGCACGCGGCUGUGUUUGCGGCGGGGCACAUGCACAACCUGAUCGUGCGGCUGCGCCACAACGUGAUCCGCACGGCGCUGCGCCGCAUCUCGCUGGCGUACUCGCGCAUCUCCCUCGCCGAUAUUGCCCUCAAACUCCACCUCCCCGGCCCCACCGCUGUGGCGGACGCCGAAUGCAUCGUCACCAAGGCGAUUCGGGAUGGGGGCAUAGAGGCGGUGGUGGAGCGGCGGCAGGGGUGCAUGGUGAGCAAGGAGGGCGGCGACACGUACACGACGCUGGACCCGCAGGCCGCCUUCCACACUCGCAUUGCCUACUGCCUCAACCUGCACAACGAGGCCGUCAAGGCCAUGCAGUUCCCCCCCACCGCGCGUAAGGGCGAGGCGGAUGCGGAGGAGAAGCGGAGAGAGCGGCAGCUGGCGGAGCAGGAGCUGGCACAGCACAUCGCAGAGGAGGGGGACGAUGACUUCUGAUGCCACACGCCCCUGCCUGCCUGCAACUGCACACGCAUGAUUUGAGCCUGCUUGUUGCAAUCUCUUCUCUGAUCCCUAGACUAGUCCUCAACUUCUGCUGCUCUCAUUUAUCACAGCUGUAUGGAUUAUAAUCAGGCCCUCAGAUUGGUUUCAAGUCAUCCUCAUUGCAAAGGACUACCCCUGGCUCCCUGAAUUUUCAGAUGUCCCCAAAAAAAUUUGCUUAGGGGUCAGGGUUGUGUCGGACAAAAAUUGUGAAUGGACAGAGAUGGAUGGGGUUUUUAUCAGAAAGAAAAUGAUUGAACUAGA